CAAACACGGAAGCGGAGAGUGAAGGAGGACGUCAGCAGCGCUGGUGUUUCUGCUGCUCUGGAUUCUGGAUAAAGUUUAUUUAUCUGGUUUUAAACUCACAUAUUUUUACUUCUUUUUCGUUCUAUGGAUUUUCUGCAGUUUCUAUCAUGGGCCUGCAUCGUGUUUACGGUCGGCAUGUUCUCCACGGGACUGACCGACCUGAAGAAAAUGAGAGCCACUCAGAGUGCAGAUAGCGUCCAGUUCCUGCCCUUUCUCACCACCUGUUUAAAUAAUUUAGGUUGGCUGUAUUAUGGUAUAUUAAAAAAGGAUGGGACGCUGAUGGUUGUGAACGUCAUCGGAGCCUCCCUGCAGAUCCUGUACAUCGUCACCUACUUCCAUUAUACCAAAGACAAGAGGCGUGUGUCUGCGCAGACGCUGGCGAUGGCGGGUGUGCUGGGCGUGGCCUGGGUGUAUUUCGGUGUGAUGCUUCCUCAUGGAGAAACUCAGCUUUCACAGCUCGGCCUCUUCUGCAGCGUCUUCACUGUCAGCAUGUACCUGUCACCCCUGGCUGACCUGCUGGAGAUCAUACGCACUCGUUCUGUGGAGCGACUGUCCUUCUCUCUUACCGUUGCUACGUUCUUUACUUCAGCCUCAUGGACGCUGUACGGCCUUCAACUUCAAGAUUACUACAUAAUGGUGCCCAACACUCCUGGCAUUGUGACGAGCCUCAUCCGCUUCUUCCUGUUCUGGAGGUUUGGAGCUGUCAGUCAAGACAAGCCAUCCUAUAAACUAAUCCAGCAGAUCUGAACAGAUCUCAUUUUAAUCACUAAGUGCCUUCCCAUGUCCACGCCCACUUUCGCCCGACUUUGGGUUUACCUCAUAUCCUGUCCUUAUAUCCUCUUCACCAGUUUUCAGAGUUUUAAUUUUACGUACGAGAGCGGGUGUAUAGAGGGUAAGUGUGGUGUGGCCAUUUUUCUGCUCUUCUGGGUCUAGCUGUUCCUGCCACCUUUUUUAUUAUAAAACCACCAAUGGCUUUUCCAGUUUCCUACUUUUUCUAUAUGUGUACAAACAAAUCCCACCACUUUUCAGCUCUAUCUCUUAGCUCAUGAUCUAUUUGAAGGAGAAAUGGAAAAAGAAAGCUUGGGAUUACGUGCAAAAGCCGAGCUUUUUGGCAGCCAAACUUGAAAUGCGCUGUUUGUUACACAAACAGGUCAAACGGGCUUUUUUGGAUUGAUUGCCAUUUUUAUUCCUGUUUAAUCUCGUUUAUUCUUGUUACUCUAACUGUCCGAACAUGAGAUUCAUAUUUUUUUCCCCGUGUAAAUGCCUUACUGUGAAGAUCGGCCAGUCGGAUAUCUGGUGGAUGUUUCAGAGACUGACCCACAGACCCUCAGACCUUCUUCUGAAUGUAUGGACUGAACCAUAAUCAUAAUCAUUACAGAGCUGAAGCUGAUCUCAGACCAGAAGGUGGAACCCGUGAUUGGAAGCUCACGCUCGGCAGCUUCUUGUUUUUUUUUUGUCGUUUUUUUUUUUCGUCGCUGGUUUCACUCCAGACACACCCACGGACCUGAAAUAACUUAUCAGGUGUGUUUGGUUUAGUUUGGACUGGAGCAAACAAGCCCACACCCAGUGGAGGUGUGGAGGUGCGGAGGUGCGGAGAUGUGGACGGGGUUAAAGUCAUGCGCUAAUGUACUCGAGUAUCUGUGUACUUGUGUGCUUGUAGGCCUGUCAUGAUAAUUAAGUUAUCAACAUAUCGUACAAUAUACGGACAAUAUACUAGUGCAUCUCAAAAAAUUGGAAUAUCAUUGAAAAGUAACUUUAUUACUUUAUUUACAGCCAACGAAAACCCAAAAAUCAGUCUUACAAAAUUAGAAUGUUAAAUAAGAACAAUUGAUACUUUUGGCAGUGUGUGGGCAGUGUGCCAAGUCAUGCUGGAAAAUGAAAUCCGCUUCUCCAUAAAAGUUGUCAUUAGCAGAGGGAAGCAUGAAGUGCUGUAAGAAUUUUUCUGGGAAAACUGCAGAUGACAUGUCUCUCCAAACCAUCACUGAUCAUCAGUAAAUUUUACAUUUCAUUUAAAGUAAAUCAAGGGAGGGAGCAGAGUCUGGAGGAAGAGUGGAGAGACACACAGUCCAAACUGCUCGAGGUCUAGUGUGAAGUUUCCACCAAUCAGUGAUGGUUUGAAUAAAUGAGUGCUCGCCCAGUUCCGAUUUCUGAGCUCACUUGGGGGAGGGGCUUAUUGAUGCUGGUUUGUUUUCACACACAAGAACUAUCCAUCUAAACUGCAAAAUUUAGCUCUUUCAGGCCGCAUUUAGGUCCCGCUAGUGCUGCAGUUAGCGGCUAGUGCUAAUGCUGCUGCACCCAGCCUUAGUGCUGGUGAAACUUCACUGAAAACGUACCCUUAGACAUACUGUAAAUAAACGGAAUCACUUUACCCACCCAAAUAAACAGUUUUAGAAGACUAAUCUGUGUAGAUUAACAUCCAGCACUUGUUUGACUUAACUAUUACAAGGGAAACAUGGCGACACCCUCGCUCCCUACGAUGUAGGCUUCCUUACUAGUGUCAUUUAAUAAAGCGCCUUAUAAUCUGGUGCACCUUAUAGUCUGAAAAAUACGGUAACAGUUCUUUUAGGAUGCAUAUCAUUUAACCUUUUCACCAAACAAGCAGCUGUGUGGCUAGUGUGAAAAUGUAAAUCUUUGUACACUUCUUUAUUAAGUUCUAAAAUCUUGGAAACUUGAUAAUGGAUAGUAUGUUUUAUAUAAAGGCAUUUUAUAUAAAAAGGGAAAUUAAUGGAGGCAUAUAAUACAAUCAGCCCGGAAUUAGACAAGGCCAUCUGUGCUGUGUUUUAUUUUUUUUCUCUUAAACGUAGAUCCAUUCAAAUGAUUCAAAGUUAUGAAAUCCCACUGAAUUGGACUGAAUACUCCUACUGUUCAUUCAUUCUUCGUUUUUUUUUUUUUUUUUUUUUUUCUGCUCGGAUGUAAGAGAGCAGAUUUGCACAGAUGCCAGAGUUCAAUCAAAACCCCUGGCAGAGAAUUUUAACUUGGAAGAUCUUCUCUUCCUCCCACAACGGCAGGUGGAGGGUUUCGUAAGUUAUUUGGAAACAAUGAAAAACAUGGAUGCCCUGAACUUGUCCCAGGAAUCUGCCAAUCAGGAGAGAUCCAGCACACCUGACCCGACCUGAAGAAUUACUUUUUUAAUACAGGGUUUAAUACAGAUAGUUAUUAGUAGGUGUUGAAGAACGUUUUUGUAAAUUUGAUUUAUAGAGUAGUGUGGAAAAAAAGUACUAGUGCAUCUCACAAAAUUAGAAUAUGAUUGAAAAGUUACUUUAUUUAUGUUUUUCAUGUUAAAAUGUGAAACUCAUAUAUUAUAUAGAUUAUAUAUAAAGUCAGUGCAGUUUUGUUUCCCAGAAAAUCUUACAGCACUUCAUGCUUCCCUUUGCUGACAACUUUUUUUUAUGGAGAGGCGGAUUUCAUUUUUCAGCAGGACUUGGCACACGGCCCACACUGCCAAUGAAAAAGGAACAAUUGCUCUUAUAUAAUAUUACAAUGUUCUAAUUUUUUGAAACACUGAUUGUUUUUUUUUUUUCUGUGUGUACUACAUCUAUAUAAUAAAUAUAUAGAAAUUUUACAUUUUUAACUGAAUUACUGAAAUAAAGGAACUUUUCACUGAUAUUAUAUAUAUAUAUAUAUUUUUGCGAUGCACUAUUAGGUUUUUUUUUUACACUACUUUUUAAAUCUUAAUAUACAAAAACCUUCCUCAACACUCACUGACAACGUCUUUUAACAUAGUUAAAGGUACUAUUUUGGAGAUACUUCUUUUUCUUUGGAAAGUGACAGCAUUCACAACAGUUCUGUGGAGUAAAUAACUUUAUUGUAGGGGAGAUUUAGGUGGCAUUAAAGUCGUCUCGUUUCCAGACGUCAGACCACAGAAACCUUCCCGUCUUCCUGUCUCAGAAAUGGAUCAUUUCACAUCAAUCACACCACUCUGAAGAGCCUAGUCAUGCUGCAAGCUGCAAGCAAAGCGUUUCGGUAACCAGAAAUCCCCGUUAAGAGUGAGGAGGAGCAUGCUGGGAGUUCCAUGGACCAGAGCUGGGGAGUUAGAGAGGUGUGUGUCUGUAAGAAAAGACACUCAGACACUGUUUGUCAUGGGUUUUCCAGGGUAAAGAGCACAAUGAGUUGGAACUCCCAUCUGCCUGCAAUUGCGGUUCCUCUAAAAUAACAGCGGAGAGAGAGUUCUGAGCGGAACAAGGAGCGAAAAACAACUGAUUCAUGAGAAGAAGAGCCAGUACAGAUGGGAUCCUUGGCUGAUUUCUUCUGCCCAUCUGCCCAAGUCCUGCAAGACCUGCAGAAUCUGAGUCACGGAUUCAUCCGCCACGCCGCGGCCCACGCCGACUGAGCCGGGUAUAGGAAGCCAAUAUGGUGGAGAACGAUUUGAUGUACGACCAACAUCCAUCCCAUUUGUCUCAUUAUCACAGAGUGCUCUGACAGAAGCUCCACAGGAUCUGAAGGUUCAGAUAAACAAGAUCCUCCUGUCUGGUUGAGUGGUUUCAGGCCUCGCUCUACUCAACACACAUUCAACAUGGUACUGUGCCCUCUAGUGGCCGGCACUAAGAAGGGAAAGUGAUGUGAUACAUGAAAAAUCUUAUAUUUAUAUGUAUAUUAUUGUCAUUAUUUUAUCAAAAUGUAUACGUUACACAGGGGUUGGACAAUGAAACUGUAACACCUUUAUUCAUUUAAUCAUUAAUUGCACAUAAUUGCAAUUGAGUUCAAGAUGUGUGAAGGUUGGUUCAAUUAGCAGGGUAAGAGCACAGUUUUGCUCAUAUUGCAAAUAUUGCAAUGCACACAACAUUAUGGGAGACACACCAAAGUUCAAAAGAGGACAAAUUGUUGGUGCACGUCUUGCUGGAGCAUCUGUGACCAAGACAGCAAGUCUUUGUGAUGCAUCAAGAGCCACGGUAUCCAGGGUAAUGUCAGCGAGAUACCACCAAGAAGGACCAACCACAUCCAACAGGAUUAACUGUGGACGCUGUAAGAGGAAGCUGUCUGAAAGGGAUGUUCGGGUGCUAACCCGGAUUGUAUCCAAUAAAAAACAUAAAACCACGGCUGAUCAAAUCACGCAGAAUUUAAUGUGCACCUCAACUCUCCUGUUUCCACCAGAACUGUCCAUCAAGACCAGGUGUUUCAGUUUAGUCAUUGUCCAACCCCUGUAGAUAUCGAAUGUAAAUAAUUGGUCUAUGUCUUUGUAAACUGUUGUCUUCUUUAAUGGUAUGAGGAUGGUGGGUGUUUGAGUUGUCUUUGUUUUUUUUUUGUUUUUUUUCUUUAAUCAGGUGCAAUGGUGUGUAAAAACAAAAAAAAUAUGCUGCAUUUUAUCAGUAUCAGGACUGUAGGGAUGUUCUUUUUCCAGCCCUCUCUCAGAAAUAAACUCUUCAGAAAUAAAAGUUUAUAUAACCCGUAA